CCUUACUCGGUGUACUCCGCCCACCGCCGAGUUGAGUCGUUCACCAGGGACAUGACUGUACAGCAAGCUCUUGGUUGACUUGGGUCGAGACCUUUGCGUAUGUCCUCGAGCAUUUGGGUUAUUACCAACCCCCAACAAACAGGGACAAUGCAGUUGAUGGGAAAUGUUGCUCCAACACGGUGCAGCAGGUACUGAAGGCCAUGCGAAUGCACUAUCUCGUCAUGAACCCGCAUUUACGCCAUCUUGGCUGAUCCCGGUGCCAGUGCCAGUUCCUCGGGUGUCUCGCCGAUGCGAUGACUUACACCGUAAACUUGACACACGCACCAGCCAUUCUGGGUUCUCCAUCUUCUCCAUGUCCGGGGCAAACCCCUCCUCGCUUGAUGAGCGGUACUUCUCCGUGGUUUUGACGUUUUGCCUAGUUAGACACUUGUUGUUCCUGUUUUCUCCUCUUUCACGUUCACAUUAUCCGCCUUUCACACUUACAUGGGCAGGUUCCCCGAUUGAAAAAUUAUACAUCAAUUGAUCUGGGCGAUGAAAAUGAAGAACGAUUUCAACGCUUGAAGGAUUUGAAAGUGAUAGACAUACGCAAUAUCCAUAUUCAAGUCUCGGAGCAGUCUUCCGAGAACAUCGUUCAGCGUUGCUGCUCACCUUCAUACCGCAACCACAAUCACAAGUAGACCACCACAAGAACGACAAAACUUGAUAAGAUCUGGAAGGACGGUAAUGCGCAACAAGCACAGAACAGCACAGCCUAGCACACCAAAUCACAAUACAUAUCUCUAGGUGUCAAUACGCACUCUCAACACCAACAACCCCCAGUACCGACCUUACCUUGGUUAUCGGCUCGAGUGGGGGAAACAGCCGAGAUAUUGUGCAGUAUUGUACAGUACUGACUGAAUGUAGUGCACGAGAGGGGAAGCGCUAAAGAGAAAGGGGUGUUUUCGUCUUUUUGAGGCUUGACCUUGGCCUUCCUUGACCUUGUCCACUCCAUCUCAUCCCAUCCAGCUCCUUGGAUUUCAUUCACUCUCCUUGGCUUAGGCUUGGCUUGCUUAGGCGUCUCUAUACCCCCAGUCAACUCCUGCUGGACUUCGUUUCUCCUCCCCCGUUCUUCCCGCCCACCCCAUCCCCCCAUCUUCUUCUCAUCCACCCCGUCUCUCCCGCGGAAGGCAAACCAAAAAGCAAGCCUCCUUCUUACAGUAGCAGUUCACGGGCCACCGUCUAUUUUCUCCUCCACAUGCCAUGCUCUACCCUUAACGCACCCCGCAAUCUGCCUGCAUCUAUCUUUCCCCAGCUCCAAAUCCAGGUCCAAAUCCUAAUCUUUCUCUCCAUCUCCAUCUAUCUAACUAUCUAUCUGUUCUGUCUCUUUCCUCUACUUCUCCCAUCCCCACACUUUGAUACCAAGAAUCAGACGUGAAACUGAAUCAAGGACUUGCUCUUUGAGCAUUCACCUUCACAAUGCUUGCCAUUCAGUCUAUGGAAGGCCCUCCUCGUCCACUUCCUGGCCCUCCUCCUCCCCUCGUCGGGCCAGAGCCUACUGAAGUUCGCCAACCAAAGCCCAAGACUCUACCCUGCAAGUACUGUAGCAAGCGGUUCAGACGUGUCGAACAUGUUCAACGCCAUGAGCGCACCCAUACCAAGGAGAAGCCAUUCUCAUGUGGUUGGGAUCGCUGCGGAAAGACAUUCGGACGAAGAGACCUCCUCGUUAGGCACGAGAAGCUCGUGCAUUUAAAUGAAGGUAGCAAGGACAACAACCGACCUAGGAAGUUGUCGUCCAAUACAUCCUCGGCUUCACAUAAGAGUUCCAUCUCUGAAGGUCAGAUAAGCAAUGAGGCUCUUGGACAGCAACAUCUAAAUGUAUCGCGACCUCCGCCACCACAACAACCACUCCCGCAGCCACAACAGUUUCACCAUGGUCCUCCACCAAAUACCCAACAAGGCCCUCAGGAUCCCCGGACUCAGCCCCGAACUGCAGCUUGUAAUCUUGACCUCCUCUCUGAUGCAGCCCUCGCGAGCUCAGCGACACCUGUCCAGAGAAAUGUCAAUGCAGCGCCUCUUCCACCACAUUCACCAGAUUCCCGAAGAAAGAGUAGCUAUGGAGAGUCCAUCGUCGCAUACACAACGGAGCGACCCCGGGAAGAUCAGCCUCUGGGAUCCGGAUAUGUGCCUCAACAACUCCCUACUGGCUCCUACGAUGAUUAUAACCCUUUCCUUGACGAGUUGACCUCGUCGUCACAUUUCUUACCUCCAAAUUUUGAAAUCGAACAGCAGAUGAUGUAUUCUCGGAGCCAAGGAGGACUUUCUCAGAGAAGAUCAUCGAAAUCGUCCUUUCUGCCAGGCCGCUUCCCUCCGAUGCAAACUGAAGCCCGAGAUCCUGCAGACCCUGCCGCUCGGGGUAUCGACGAAGCAGCACGACAGUCAGCCCUUCGUAUCUCAGUAUCCGACCACACUGUGAUUAAGAACAGACUGGAUGAGUUCUCGGCUGUUCUACCCAAUGACUUUGUGUUCCCGUCCAGGCACACAUUGACCAGAUUCUUGGAAGGAUAUAUCAGCGGACUUCACGAGCAUCUGCCUUUCCUUCAUCUUCCAACCUUUUCACCCGCCGAGGCCGCUCCCGAGUUGUUGCUUGCUAUCCUUGCCGUGGGGGCCCAAUAUCGCUUUGAGAAGAAUAGAGGCUAUGCCCUUUGGUAUGCUGCCAAGGCUGUCGCGAUGGAGCAGAUUCGAAGAAGGCGCAUUUCGGAGGUUCACGCUUUAUUACCGACUGCUUCUGCUUACAGUCCCCAUUCCACGAGGCCCUCGCCAAGUGCCACAUAUCGCCACUCAUUUGCAUCUGCACAGUCAGAGCGACCUACAACACAGGACACUCACCGAGAGCCAUAUUCUCCAAAUACUCCCCAGGCUCGGAUUGAGACCAUCCAAGCAGUUCUACUUCUAUUCGCGGUCGGUCUUUGGGGUGUGCCAACUAUCCUUCAUGAAGCGUUAUCACUGCAGAGCAAUUUGGCAAUUCUCAUUCGAGAAGAAGGCCUUGUGGCGGAAGUCAACCAGAGUGCUGUUAACGACUGGGAAACCUGGAUUCGACUGGAGACAGCCACAAGGACGAAGCUCGUUGCUUAUUGCUUUUUUAAUCUUUGCAGCAUUGCCUAUAACAUGCCGCCAUUGUUGUUGACAUCCGAGUUGAACCUCUUGCUCCCUCAAAGAGGUAAGCUUUGGAGGGCUGAGACAGCUUGGCAAUGGCAGGAAAUGCGACAGUCGACGCCAAUGAUCGAGCUCACCCUGCAUGACGCCUUCUCACGACUUUUUGGCAGAACAAAUCAAGGACUUCCCCAACAUUUGUCCUCACUGGGAAGCUAUGUUCUCAUCCACGCCCUCAUCCAGCAUAUCUAUCUGUUGAAGCAGACCUCUUUUGCAACUGGUCUGCCAUAUAAUAUUCACCGAACCAUGAAACCCGAAGAUGUCGAGGAGGUUACGCAAGCACUGCGUGUAUGGCAGACGAGUUUUGAAGAUCAGCACCAGCUCAGGGCAGCGGAAUCGGGACACUACAACGCAUCGGACUCGAAUGUGGGAGGAACCUUGGAUUACACGGCCACAGCGCUACUGCGACAAGCCUACAUCCGACUCUAUACCGAUGUCACGCCCUCAACCGCGCUCGAGACCCGGGAUCCGCUUUUGGUGGCGUCGGCGCUGAGCAGGACCCCCUUGCUAGUACGGAGUCUAAGACUGCACCGGGCAGUGUUCCAAGCAUUCCACGCCCUGUCGAUGCUGGUUAAGGCUGGCGUAAACUACGUAGCCAGAACCAAGUCGGCCGAAUGGAGCAUUCAGCAUUCGUGUAAGUCAUUCAUUGCAUGCUUUGGCCCCUUGAAAAUGUCUUGACUUGAUUGCUAACUCAAUCUCAUAGUGUGCAAUUUUGAGUGUGCCAUUUUAGUAUCCAAGUGGCUACUCACGAUUGCGGCGAUUGGGCCGCACGAGGCUCCCGCUUCACCCGAGGAGAAAAACCUAUUGGAUAUGGUUGGACGGAUGCUCGAUGAGACUGAAUUUGCGGUUCCGCCAAUCGACCCAUCUCUUUCGGGGCAGAACGAGGUGCCAUCAAGCGACAGUGCUAAGUUGCGACAACUCGCUGUUGCAGUUGUGCGACUUUGGGCAGAGACUUUCAAGGGAACACAUAUCUUUGAGAUUGUCAAGGUUAUGGGCCAGAGUCUUGAUGCAUACGCUGAUCUAAUCGAGAAGCCGAGAGACAGAAGUCCACCGGUUCGGUUGCUGGAGCCAAACAUCAACUGAAAGGGUAUCGACUGGAGGGGAGGCUAGCAGGAUAAUAUGACGACCAGCAAUGGUACUCAAGGAAACGACAAUCUUAGGGAUUUCAGGCGUCUGGUUUGAGGGAAUAUGGACAACAGGCAAGAUGUUAACACGCAAUCUAUUGACAGAUGCUGGUCCUGGCUGGGAAAACGAGGGAUAUCAUGAUAUGGGUUAUUGUAUACAUACGGCGUUUUAUGGAUGACUUGUUGUGUCAAUUGAUUGGAAAGGCAUAUUUUGAAGAAGUUGGCGUUUGAUAUGAAGGGCAGAAGAGGGUCUAGUGGCUUCAAUGCCAGCUACAGUAGUGAUUAUAAGAGAGAGCUUUUUAUUCUGUGAAUCUUCUGGAGAUCACUCAUCUUCCAUGUAACACGAGAUGUGAAGCAAAGCUUAAGAGAAGACAAGACCACACGAGCCAUGCUAGCUAUUUAUGACGAG